UGCAGCAAGCCUGGAAACUCAGAUCUAAACAAGGCAUUUAGGCAGUGGAUUUAGAAAUUGCACUAGACUUAGUACCUCUUGCCACUACCUGCUCACUCGGAAUCUAAACUAUGAUCAAGAAAAUGUGUCCCUCAGAGCCUGAGCUGAACAUACCCGCCAAAAACUGCUACAGAAUGGUUAUCCUGGGCUCCUCCAAGGUGGGCAAAACGGCUAUUGUGUCCCGGUUCUUGAACGGUCGUUUCGAUGACCAAUACACACCAACCAUUGAGGAUUUUCACCGCAAGUUGUACAGUAUCCGUGGGGAGGUAUACCAACUGGACAUAUUGGAUACAUCUGGAAAUCACCCUUUCCCAGCCAUGAGACGGCUGUCCAUACUAACAGGAGAUGUCUUUAUUCUGGUGUUUAGCUUGGACAACCGAGAUUCAUUUGAGGAGGUGCAACGACUAAAGCAGCAAAUAUUGGAGACCAAGUCUUGCCUUAAGAAUAAGACCAAAGAGAACAUAGACGUGCCUCUGGUCAUCUGUGGCAACAAGGGCGACAGAGAGUUCUUCCGUGAGGUGAAAACGGAGGAGAUCGAACAGUUGCUUCUUGGUGACGGCCAAUGUGCGUACUUCGAAAUCUCCGCCAAAAAGAACACCAACUUGGACGAGAUGUUUCACACCCUAUUUAGAAUGGCCAAACUGCCCAGCGAAAUGAGUCCAGACCUGCACAGAAAGGUGUCCAUCCAAUACUGUGACAUAUUGCACAGAAAAUCUCUGAAGAACAAGAAAUUCAAAGAUGGGGAUGCCUAUGGCAUUGUGGCCCCCUUCGCUAGGCGCCCGAGUGUGCACAGUGACUUAAUGUAUAUCAGGGAGAAGGCAAUUGGGGGAGGGCAUGGUAAAGAGAGGGACCGUUGUGUUAUCAGCUAAAUAAAACCAACCCUUACUGUAACAAGUUGAAGUGGUGUGUGUAAGUCAGCAUGAAGUAAGGCAUGCAGGUGGGAGGUGACCACUCCUGAGCCUUUAGAAGAGUUCCAGAUGAUCGCUGGAGCCUGGAACCUUUUGGGGCAAAGAAGCCGCUGGCCUUUAGGGGCAGAGUAUGUGUUCAUAAACAAUACACUUGAAACCAAUCUUCCUCAUGUUAGGCGCUACUGUCUAACAGUAAGAUUGUUCAAACAGGGCGGCUAGAGGUAUAAUGCCGCGUAAGAGAAAUGAUUCAUGUAAGGACUCGUGUAGAGCCAGAGAUGAAGGCAUCACAGUGGUGUGUUAUGUGGCUGUAGAAAAUGGGGGUGUAUCCAGAGUCCACCCUGAAUAUUGUUUUGUGAUGUCAAGGGAUUAUGCAUAGUAAACUGUUGUAUUCAGAUUGCAGCGAAGACUGUCUGUAACGGAAUAUAUGGAACUUCUGAAAGCAAAAAAAGAACAUGCAUUGUGUUUACACAUUUUGAUCUGCUGUUUUUGCAGACUACAGUGAACUUUUUAAUUUAUCUGUAAAAAUAUAAAAAAGUGUCCAAAAUCUGAAGUGAAACUUAUUUUCUUAAUUGUGAAAUAAUUUUAUCUUUGUAAAAUAAAAACAAAAUGAAGUAUA